AGUGCAAGUGAAUUCAUAUCAGUUACCGACCGUCGUCCGGUGAGCAUUAGAGGUAGCCAUCCCCUGAAACCUACCACAUAGUAGCAAUGUUUUCGAAGUGUGUGUUACUCGCCCUGUUGGCCACCACGGCCUGGGCACGAUCUGCUACCAACACUGCUAAUACCAUUCCGCAUGAAGAAGCGCGCGCUGAGGAAUCAUCCGCAUCCUAUCUUGGUGAUUUCAAGUUCAUGUACAAAGUGUACCAGGAGUGCGCAGCGACUGAUCUUACCUCGUGCCUCAAGCUGAAGCUGAUCGCCGCCAUGGAUAGGGCUGCGCGUUCGUUUGCCCAAGUGCCAAUCUUUGAUGGUGUCAGCUUUGUUAAGGAACCCAAUGCGGUGCCUGAAUCUACUGCUGCUGUCACUGAAGCUGAUCUGGAAGCUCAGUUACCUCGUUCGCUCGAGGAACGUGACUCUGCGUUGAAUAAUUUGAUCUUCAAGAAGAUUGGUAGCUUCCUUGAAUCACACACUCUUCAGGUUAAGCUCCCAACCGCCUCUGACUUGGCCAGGUCCUUCAACGGUGAGGAACGUGGAAAGAAGAAGAAGAUGAGCGGUAUGCUCCUUAUCCCCUUGAUCCUUGGUGGUACCCUGGUCCCAUUAGCCCUAGGAGCCCUUGCUCUCCUCGCUGGUAAAGCCCUGAUCGUCUCCAAAUUGGCUUUAGUCCUCGCUGGAAUCAUCGGAAUCAAAUUAUUGGGUGGAGGUGGUAGCCAUGAAUCCGGACAUGAAGUCGUCGUUUCCGGUGGUCACGGAAGUGGAUGGGGACGUACCUACAAAGAGGAAGCUGCCCAGAACAUGGCGUACAGCGCAUACGCACCAAAAACCUCCAGCUAAAUCUUCAAAAUAUUUAAUUGCGCAAUAUUUAUUUAUUUAAUUUAAAUUAUUUUAUACAAAACAAGGCAAUGCGCAAUGCGUGACCGACGAACCGGAAGUACUAGAAGAAACAAAAAGACUUUUUAAAUUACGAAAUCUACUCUAAAUUAAUUAAUGACUAAAUAAAUAAAAUAAAGUAAUGCUAAUGUA